AUGGAAAAAUUCCAUAUUGCUAAAGAACAUUUAAUACCAGAAAACUUAGAAAAAUACAAUUUAACUUCUUCUGAAAUAGAAUUUCAGGAUGAAGCGAUUGAAGAGAUAAUAAAGAGUUAUGUUCGUGAAGCGGGAGUGCGAGAAUUAAACCGCAAAAUCCAAACCAUUAUCCGUAAAUUUGUCUUACAGAUGAUAGAAAAAAAAGUGAAAAAUUUGGUUGUCACUCCUGAGAAGUUGCCUAGUUAUUUGAAAAAAAAGAUUUACGAACCCACGACUAAAUUGAAACGGGCUAAAAAAGGAGUAGGUGGUGAUAUCUUGUUGAUUGAGGUUAGCCAUUCCCCCGGAAAAGGUGAAUUGCUUUUGACCGGUAAUUUAGGUGAUAUCAUGAAAGAAUCUGCUCAGGUGGCCUUGGCUUAUGUCAAAGCCAAUUGUUAUAAAUUUCAAAUCAAACCCGAAUUUUUUCGCCAGAAUGAUAUUAGCGUGCAUGUCUUGGAGGGAGCUACUCCCAAAGAAGGACCGAGUGCGGGGAUUGCUUUAACUUCGGCCAUUAUUUCGGAUAUCACUGGUCAAGUCAUCUCUCGUGAUUUAGGCAUGACCGGCGAAAUUACCUUACACGAAAAAGUUAUUGCGGCUCACCGCAGCAAAUUAAAGUCUGUUAUCAUUCCCAAGGCUAACCAAAAAGACAUUGAAGAUAUACCUGUUGAAACAAGACAAAAAAUUAAAAUUAUUCUAGUUGCUGAAUACGAUGAACUUGACCAACUAACGCCAGUUAUCAGUGCCCAAACCAUGCAUUAUCAUUAUGAGGUUUUGCAUAAAAAUUACGAGAUUAAACUCCUAGAAACAAUAGCGGGGGAGGGACUAGAAAGGGAAUUUCCUUCUUUGCGGGAAUUAAUGAUUAACUUAAAUAAGUUGCCUGCGGAAUUAAAAGAGGACGUGCGUUUUUUUGGGGGAGGAUUGAUUAACCACAACUUUUUCUUUACCCAACUGGCUAGGGCUCAGUCCGAAUCCGCAAAAGAAAAAAUUAAUCCUACUUUAUUAAAUUUUAUCCGGAAAAAAUUUUCUAGUCAACUAAUUUCAAAAAAACUAGUGGUUCCUCCCGAUAAGGCUAAGGGAGCCGGAAAAUGCUUGGGUGGAAAUAAAAA